GAGUAAUAGAAGGUGGAAAUAAUGGAAGAAAAGAGAGUUGAGUUGAAAAUUGUGAAAACGGAAUGAGUUUAACGUAGAUUUUAGAUUACAUUAUAUUACAAACUCAUUCAAUUAAAGAAUCCAAAAUCCAUCAAAUUCACUGCCCUACAGUAAAACAGAAAACAGUAAAAGAAGGAGGAGAAGAAAAAGGAAAAGCAAAAAUAUUGAUUCACAUCAGCACCAUCAUUGCAUAGAUCACUUGCCACCACACCCCAACAUACCCAACAUAAAUUCCAAAAUAAUCUGCCAUUUUUCUUUUAUUUUUCUUUUCCUAACCUCUUCCGCUAUCUCCUUUUCCUUCGAAUCAUCCACUCGCGUCCCUCCCCUGUUCUCAUAUUUAAUCAAAUCUUUACUGUCAUUUCUAAUGUUCUCUCACCGCAUCAAGUUCCAAAAAUCCCUUUCUUUCCACUCACAAUUCAUAUUCAGUUCUUCUUGAUCCCUCUGUGUUUCUGUCUCAGAGACACCCACCUAUAGAAAUCCGAUCAACAACCGGCCAAGUUCCGGCAAGAACUGCACAGUCAGAGGAAAGAUUUUGGAGGAAGAACAGAGAGAGUCUCUGCGAAUGGAUGGGAGGUUCAUUUGUAGCACUCUAAUUCUAUUCCUAUUCAUUCACUGUUUUAGCCCAGGUUCAUCAAGAACAGAUCCCACUCAAAAACAGGGGCAGCAAUUCAGAAAAUCUUCAAGCAAUCAAAAGGACAUCACGACUCCAAUAACGACAGUCCCAACAGUCAACAUCCCAACCAUGCCCAUCAUAAACCCUACCAGUUCGAACCCCGACACCGUCUCCCCCGCCAUGACAACCCCGAGCUUUACACCGGCAACAACCACCGCGAGCGGUGGCUCCAGCUGGUGCAUUGCGAGUGUAAGUGCGUCGCAGGCGGCGCUGCAAUUAGCUCUGGACUACGCCUGCGGCAUGGGCGGCGCCGAUUGCUCGUCGAUUCAAGCCGGCGGAAACUGCUACAACCCUAAUUCGGUUCGAGACCAUGCUUCUUAUGCGUUCAAUAGCUAUUAUCAGAAGAAUCCGCUUCCGAAUAGCUGUAAUUUUGGAGGCACUGCCAUGAUCACCAGCACCAAUCCUAGCAGUGGCACGUGCGAGUACCCAUCAACAAGUACAAGUUCAUCGGUCUUGAACACGACAAAUUCAAGCGGCUCCACCGUGUUCGGUGCUGUUCCUUCCGGCCCCUCCACCUCCUCCGCCGCCGCACUCGAAUUUCCUUCUUCCCAAUAUUAUUCCUCCUCCUUCCUCUUCUUUACAAAUCUCUUUCUUCUUAUAAUUGCUUUUUAGAAACUUCUAGAACUCUCCACCAUUUUUGUACAUUGUUUUUCUUACACAAAAAUAACUCCACACAUUUAUAGUCUUCCAUACCACAAAACAAACGAACACUUUUUGUAUCUAUAGUUAGUGGACUUGAGACACUUGACUACUCUUUUUCUUUCCAAUGUUUAUGGAACAUGGAAUUAUAUGGUGCUUCAAUGGGAUGUUUUUGGUUGUAAAGA